AUGUCCGCGGGGACGGCAGCAGUGGUGGACCCCUCAUUCCCUCCACGGGUCACCUCGGGCAGCUCGCCCCCUUCCUCUGGUUCUUCCUCCUGCAUCAGCACCCCUGGCACGGCCCGGUGCCCGCCUGGUCCUAUGCGUGCCACGGUUCCCUACCAACUUCUGCGUGGAAACCAACAGAGCCCAACCCGCGGUGUUUCCUCCUCCUCCUCUUCCUCAGUAGCAGCGCAGAGCCACACAGUACCGUCCUCGUCCCGCAGCUCCAGCCCUGCUCUCCCGGGUGGAAGCGCCUCGGACAGCAGGCUGGUGCCCUGGUACAGGGCGAGCUCACCGGAGGGCCCUUCGUCUUCACCUGCAGCCAAAGUUGAGCGGAGCAGGCAGCAGCAGCAGCACCAGGCAGGCUUGGGGGUCAUCCGCCGCACCUCGUCCCUGGGAACGGUAACCGGGCCCUACCUGAGCGGACAGUGGCCCCGGGACCCUCAUGCGCUCUACCCCCUGUGUAUGAGAGAUAAGUCCACCCAGACUCCUGGAUGUUGGAGUGAGGACAGUGGAGAGAAGAGGAGCCACCAGCGCUCAGCUUCCUGGGGCAGUGCUGAUCAGCUCAAAGAGAUAGCCAAGCUCCGGCACCAGCUCCAGCGCGGCAAACAGGGCGCUCGUCCCGCCAAGGACCGAGACCACCUGUCCCCACACCAGCACCACCCUCCCACCCCCCAGAUUUACAGCAGCCUGUUCCCCAGCCACACCACAGCUGCUCUGGAGGGACAACCACAGCAGCAGGCUUCCAUGUCGAAGUCGUCCCAGAUGCCCCUCUCCAACAUCACGGUGCCAAAGCCCUCCAUCUCGCGGGUUCCCAGCAGCAUGGAGGGCAUCAACCACGAGCUGGAGAAGGUCUUCAUUCGGGACAACGGGGACAAGGAGGAGCUCAAGUCUCUGGAGGUUCCAGACGGUCGGCGCGCUCCCUUCCCUCCGCAGCAGCGCAGUAGCAGCAGUCGUAGUGUGGACACCCAGACGCCCUCUGCCCCGGGACGGUCCAGUAGCUGCUCCAGCCUGUCGCCCUGCCCCUCGCCCGCCUGCCCCCCCGGCUCACACGACGGAAGCCCAUACUCCACAGACGAACUGCUCGACGACAGGGACAAAGACAGUGGAAGCAGUUCACCUCUGCCCAAGUUUGCAUCAUCACCCAAACCAAACAACAGCUACAUGUUCAAGAGGGAACCUCCGGAGGGCUGCGAAAAGGUCAAAGCCUACGAGGAGAGCUCCAGACAGUCGGCCUCAGCCUCCGCUCCCCUCUUCUCCUGCCCCGACAAGAACAAGGUCAACUUCAUCCCCACGGGUUCAGCCUUCUGCCCGGUCAAACUGCCCGGCUCGCUGCCCCUGCCCCCCAGCGCGGCUCUGCACGGGCCGCCCACACAGCACCUUCUCUACCUACUGAGAGCUUUUCCCUAA